AGAAAGACAACUACGCACAAGAAGAAGAAGAAGAAGAGGGAAGGUUGCUGCGGCACGUGAGGCAGGUGUCAACAAAGCUUGAGUGGCCCGGCGGUGCUCUUCUCUUUGCUUGUGCCCUCGCCUCACAAUGACGAAAAGUGCCAGGGCCAAGAAAGCCAAGAAGGCAGACUUCGCCAAGGUAAAACUGAAGGUUGGCAAGAGGCUGAAGAAGGCGCAGAAUGAGACGAGGACAGAUUUCAAGGCUCGUAAAAUCAUUCUGAAGGAGCAGCUGUCGAAGAAGAGCGAGGAGGAGUUACUCACUAGAAAGAAGCGUAAUGUUAAGGAUCUCUUGACAUGUGUGGGCAACACCAAUACUUACGUGCGCCAAGAUGGCCUCAAUGGUUUGUUGGAGUUGGUGAAGAAGAAUGAAAUGGAGGUGCUGCUUCCCAAGCUUUCCCAGAUCAUCAGUGGCGUGGCUCCCUGUGUAUUUGACAUUGAUGUGCUCAUCCGAUCAGCCACCAUCAAGUUCAUUGAGACAUUACUAGUGAAGGUUGGCAGCCACGUUGAGCCAUACUUUAGUGUGCUGGCAACCCAUCUGUCCUGCGCCAUGGUGCACCUCAACACUGGGGUGCAGGCCGACUCCUUGCGCCUCAUAAACCUCUUUGUCAGACACACCCCAGCACUCCUCGCUCGUCAUGCCAACACUCUCAUCAACAACUUUGUCAAUCUCAUCUCCAGGAAGGCACUCAUCUCACAGACGGGUCCAAGCAAGAGGGAAAUGUGUGUGGAUUUCACUCGCAUGCUGCACACUAAUCCAAGCAAUAGACUCACCACACACAAAGGGCAUGUGGAGCUCCUGCAGGAGCUAUCAGGAUUUCUAGAGGUUAUACUGAAGGAGCAAGGUCAAGUAGAAGAACAGAUGCCCCUCACAGUGUGGGAGCGAUUGAUGGCUGGGAGUUUGGCACCCACAGGUUGGGGCAGCACAGAUCGGGACACCAUGCAGAACACUUGGCUCUUCUCAGACCCACAGCAGCUGGAGAAGUUUGUCCAGGAUAUUGUUCCCUUGCUGUUUCAAGUGUGGGCUGAGGUGGACCCAAAGAACCAUGAGGGAAUGGAAGAGGAUAACCUGCUAAAUGAGGAGGGAGUGAAGGCACUUUCUUCCAUCCUGAACAUCAUUGCUCAUCUGAUGAGCAUCACCCAGUUGUGCACCAAGCAACAGCCUAAAGAGUGUGAUUGGUUUGUGCGGCAACUUAACUCCCAGUACAUGUCCAAGAUAAUGUCCGGCUUUCCAUACUACCGUCACACAAGUCGAAUGAAGAUCAAGAAAAGGAAGAACAAACCAACUGACAAGGCAGAGGAGAAUUUGGAAGACCACAGCAUCAGACACUGUAACCACCUCAAUGUAACAUUGGCUUCCCUGGCCAUACAGCUCUCUCCCUCCAGUCACUUCCAAGAAAAGGCUGUUACUUUCAUGUCAAAGGUGCUCUUAGACAAGACUCAUGAUGGUGAGUACAACAUGGGUGCUGUGGUCAAGGUCCUGUUGCAUCUCCUAGCCCAAGCUGAUGAGCAGGAGGCAGAGUCACUGGUGAGCAGUGCAUUUAUCUGCUACAAGCGUCUUCACCCCCUCAGGAAGGACCGUACUCUCCUCCUUCAAGUGUUACUGAGUGCCACACACAUCACAAACCCAACUUUAUGGAAAUGCAGGAGUGUGGAGUUGUGGGUGAAGCAGAUGGUGGAAGAGCUUGCCCGUGUAGAGAUGCAAGAGGGAACGCUGGAGGCAGCCAUCACUCUCAGGCUACAGAACAACACCAGUCUCAACCAUCUCCUUGCAGUACACAAGCAGCAGAUAACAGAAAACCUGCAGGAGAGAGAGGUGCCAGGAAUGACAAAGAGUGCUCUUUCAAAAAGAUUACAACUCUUAUUGAAAGAUACAUGAGAUUACAGUAUUUAUAAUUAGUCUCGUGCCAUCUUGGAAUUACAACAAAACUAAGUUAUUUUUUAUAAUUAUUAAAAUUUUGUUUUAA